AUGAAAUUGGUGGUCGAUGGAUGGAGAAAGAGAGAUGGUUAUCCCGACCGACAAGUGUCGCCAUUUGCUACCUGCUCCAUCAUCGUCUCCACUGUAGGGAAAUCAAUUGAAGCUGCUUACAGAUGUCCACCGUUCCUUGCUUUACUCUCUCACCAUCGUUUAGACGAGCCUUUGUCGACUAUAAAUUGGCCUUGUCCGCUGGUAUGUGCUUCGUUCCCUAGCUUCUUUGAAGAUCGGUUGUGGCUCACUGGUAAGGGAGAUGUUGCGUUCAUUUGGUUCUGGAAUCGGUUCAGAGCUUUGUUGGUCGGAGAACAUGCUAUUUCGUCGCUGGUGGGUCUUUCACACAACCGGAACUGCUUCAACCAAACACAAACUACGAUCUCUUGCAUCUUGACUGCUACUCCAUUGAUAAAUUUGUUGAUGCGGUGUAAGUUUCAAUGGAGAACCUCUAACCCCAUAGAAAAUCAACUACCUGAAGCACAAUGGUCUUCUUUAGUUGACAAGGGCAAUAGACUUCUUGGUGGAGCUGUUCUGUAACUUAUACCAACAUCAAGGCUGGUCCAUGCAACAAGCUUACAAUCUACCUAAUGAUCCUUAUAUUAUUGUUGUAAACACUAGCUAGUACCUUUCAAAACCAUUAUCUUAUUUUUGUGUUUCAACAUUUAUAUUAUGUUUGUUUUCAAACCUCUGUUUAGAAGUUAUGUUGUAAUGAAGAAUAUUUUGGAUUUAUGUUUAU